GUUAGAUUUUUUUUUGUUUUUUGUGUUUUUUUGUUUUUGCUUCUUCCUUUCUUUGAGUAGUAGCAGCAGCAGCAGCAGCAGCCUGUUUUUGGGUAACUGGGUUUUGUUUGAAAAAUAAUAAUAAGAAGAAAAAGGAAAGAAAAUGGGAAGAGGUAGGGUUCAGUUGAAAAGAAUUGAGAACAAAAUAAACAGGCAAGUUACUUUCUCCAAAAGGAAAGCUGGAUUGCUUAAGAAGGCUCAUGAAAUCUCUGUUCUCUGUGAUGCUGAAGUUGCUUUGAUUGUUUUCUCCCACAAAGGAAAGCUCUUUGAAUACUCCUCUGAUUCCAGCAUGGAGAAAAUACUUGAACGAUAUGAGAGAUAUUCUUACGUGGGAAGGCAGCAAAUUGCAGCUUCUGAAUCUGAAUUUUCUCAUGAAAAUUGGACUCUCGAAUACUACAGACUCAAGUCCAAAGUCGAACUUUUACAAAGAAACAACAGUCAUUAUAUGGGUGAAGAUUUGGAUUCACUGAGUGUCAAAGAACUGCAGAACUUGGAGCAACAAAUUGACACUGCACUUAAACAUGUUCGAUCCAGAAAAAACCAACUUAUGUAUGAUUCCAUCUCUGCACUCCAAAGAAAGGAAAGAGCAAUACAGGAGCAAAAUGCCCUACUGGCUAAGCAGAUCAAGGAGAAGGAAAAGAGUGUAGCAAUGGCACAACAGGCAGAAUGGGAGCAGCAGCAACACCAUGGUUACAAUGCCUUAUCUUUCUUAUUCCCAUCAGCUCCUCAUCCCUCUCUAAACAUUGGGCUUGCAAGUUUUGAUGGUCACGAAUGAAUCUUGUUGCACGUCGGGAAUUUUCGGUGGUGAUCGGAUUAGUAUCGAAGAAGUGCACGGGGAAGAAGAGGAGGAGGAGGAGGAGGGAUGUAGCUAGCUUAAUAAUGGAAAAGGGAACUAGUUAUACCCUAUAAGUGUAAUGCUUUGAGUUAUAUGAAGGGUUUUCUUUCUGUGGAGCUUUUGUUAACUUGACAAAGAAAACAUUUGAACUUUGUUGUGUUUGAGAUAUUCUACUAAAAAACUUGAAUGUAAUCAGA